AUGCCCGAGGUGCACCGCGUUUUCAAACUGCUUCUCCAGCGUGACAACUCCGGAGGAAUCUCUCUCACGCAGGACGGCUCGUCUCUCCGGUCAUCCACUGGGCAGCGGUACUUCGCAAAACUCGGGAAAACGAGCGACAAGGAUCAAUACGUCGGAGAAGCCGAGUCGCUCAAGGCGAUAGAGCUGGCUGCGCCGGGUCUUGCGCCCAAACUGAUAGACUGUGGGACCAUAGACUCCGACACGAAAGAGCGCGAUAGCGACGUAGGACGACCGUACUUCCUAUCCGAGUACAAGGAUAUCGGAUCCCUCUCCCCAGCUGCCGCAAAGGUCCUCGGGAAGCGUCUGGCGACAGAGCUGCAUGCUUACGAGAGUCCGAAGGGGUUCGGUUUCCAUGUGCCUACGUACUGUGGGGUAAUCCGGCAGGACAACGGGUGGUACGAAACAUGGCCGGAGUGCUUCGACGCGCUGGUCGGGGGCCUUGCGGAUAAGCUGAAAGCCCAGGGCGGAUACGAGGGCCUCUGCAAGCAGAUUGACACGGUGAGAGACCGGAUCAUCCCAGCGCUGCUCGGACCUCUCGUCAUUCAGCCUGUUAUUCUUCAUGGUGACUUGUGGAGUGGAAACACAGGAAUCGACCGUGCCACUGGAGCCCCCGUGAUCUUCGACCCUUCCUCCUACUUCGGACAUAACGAAGCUGACUUGGCUAUCGGCCGAAUGUUCGGCGGUAUCCCCGAGGCGUUCUACACCACCUACCACGAGCAUCUCCCAAAGUCCGAACCUCAGGAACAGUAUGGCCUACGGCAGGAGCUGUACCAGCUCUACCAUUACUUAAACCACACCGUGAUGUUUGGCGGUGCAUAUGCUGGGAGUGCUCGACAGAAGAUGGAUCGGCUCCUUAAGGAAGUCCCUGACAAGUGA